AUGUCGUCUACGCUACCUUAUCGACCCUCCAACGACUCGCUGUCCACCUCGAAUCCGAAGAACAAUGGCCUCCCUCGUCUCUCCCCGGCAGCCUCCUUCAUUGGAAGGUCACCGAGCCACUCACAUGGCUCAUUUCGCCGCAAAUCAACGGAUUAUCCCGCAGGUCAGAAGAUGCGGCGUUGCAAGUCUCAAUACCCGCUCGAUUCGCCGGAGCGUCACGUCGAAUACAUUCUAGUAGCGUCCUUCCACAUCGAUCGCGGACCAAUUAUGGAGCAUCAAUUUCCAGCAGCGAUUAGUGGCGAUGAGAGCAUGCUCGCGGAGCUGAUGCUGCCAGAUCAGACCCACGUGCGCAGUCAAGAUUGGACCAUCUUCUUCCUUCACAAGGACACGAGCGCGGAUGAUGAUGAGGAUGACGAGGACGGCACAAAGAAGAAGAAAAAGAAGCGGAAGAAGUCAAAGGCCGACGACAGUGACGGACUAGACGGCUCGCUUCAUAAUGAAUCAAACACAGCCUCGGACGAGGACAGCAGUGACGACGAAGAAGGCGGCGAGGGCCCGCCUCUCAUGUAUGUGCUGAACUUGGUCAACACGAAACAAGACAAUACGGUGCGACGAGGUGCGGUUGUCAAGGCCAUGGCAAUUUGUACGAGGCAUUCAUUCCUGCAUAUUUACAAACCGCUCUUGUUAUUGGCUCUGGAGGAUUACUUCAAAUCACCAUACCCCGAAACACUUGCGUCAUUGUAUGAAGCGGUAAACAACAUGGAUCUAUCGUUGAUGCCGCGCAUGUCCAUUCUGGAGAGACACAUCCUGCAAUCCAGCAACACCAAAGACAUGUUCAUUGAAAAGUUCGAGCAAAUGGUUCGUCAACGGGAGGAAGAGGAAGCUGAGGAUAUUGAGGCCCCCCCAUCACCCAAAAAGACGAGCCGCUAUGUACUACCGCGGGACACCCAUGAGUUCGAGUCGAAGGUGGUAUACAACGACAUCCCGAUUCCUGUGAAGAUUCCUACCGUCAUUUGGCCUGAGACUGUUGGAGACUUUUCUCUCGUCAAGCUGAUCCAGACCUUUGCGGGGCCUCAUGCAGUGGCUCCGCAGGGAUUCCCAAAUCAUCCACAUUUAACAACAAGCGGUCCCUUCACACAUCCCAUCAUCGUGCUCGUGAACGCCAUUCUCACCCAAAAGAGAGUCAUCUUCCUGGGCCAUAAUCGACCCUCUGGCGAGGUGGCCGAGGCUGUCCUUGCGGCGUGUGCCAUCGCAUCUGGUGGGAUUCUGCGCGGUUUCACAAGACACGCUUUCCCCUACACGGAUUUGACAAAGAUUGAUGAUCUUCUCAAAGUGCCUGGAUUCAUCGCGGGUGUGACGAAUCCGACAUUUGCCAACCAUCCCGAAUGGUGGGAUGUCUUGUGCGACUUGCCCACAGGACGUAUGAAGAUAUCAAGCCAUAUCGAGCCUGCUCCAGUUACAGAGGGGCUUUUGUUCUUCCAACAGCAGAAUGCUACGACGCCAAUCCACACAUCUACGUCUCAGACAGAUCCGACAGGCGAUCAUCUCUUCAUGGAAGAUAUCCUCCGAAGUAUCAGUCAGCGUCAUGGUGAGAACGCUGUUCGGGCCAAGUGGCGCUCCUACAUUGUUAAGUUCACCCGAGUCGCCGCCGCAUUCGAGGAGGCCGUCUAUGGUGCUUCCAAUCUCUACAUCAUCGGCCCCGGAGAAGAAUUGUCUCCCGAUAGUCCCACAGGACAUCAAGCGGAUCCAUUGGACCCUACCUCCUUACGAGGUCACGGAUAUGUCUGGCCUGACGAGGCCUCCAAGCAGCGAGAAUUGUCUGCGUCCGUCUCCCGCAUCGAAGGAUGGCGAAACACUCGAUCGUAUUACUCUUACAUUCAAGACAUUGCAGCAAUGUACUACCCUGCGCGACCUAUUCAGCGACCGGACAUCCAUCACCACCAUGACCGGCUUCGAUCCCUCAAACUAUCCCAUGCAGAUUCGGGCGCCAUCUACCUCGCACUGGCCCACGCCGUCAAAGACUAUGCCGGUAUCUGUCAACUGCUGACCGUCACCCCGGAAAAUCAAGCCGGCCUGUUUUACAUCAGCAUGGGUCUUUUCCACCCUGACCAAGUCGUGCGAGAAGCGACAGUGGACUUGCUUGACCGCAUUUCCUCGCAUCCAGCCGGUCGACACUUCUGGACUCAUCUGACUCGAUUUGCUAAACUGGGGUACUUCCGAGUCAAACGAGAGCGUGAAAGCGCCCAAAGUCCCAUCACAGCGGCGCCGGGCGGUUCAAUCGGUGUGACGAACGCUGGCACAAGCUUCAGCGUCGAGCCCCAAAGUCUCGUUGGGGUGGCUCUGGGAGAUAACAUCAAACGGAAGAGCUAA